AUGAGUACAAAUUGGAACCGGAAAGCAGCAAUAAUGGAGGGAGCUGGUGAGACUCCGAACUCGGGGAUUAAUGGGCUGAAUGUGGCGGUACGGGGGGGGGGAGGAGGAAGGACUGGGGAGGGGGGGAGAGAGAGGACUGGGGAGGGGGGGAGGACUGGGGAGAGGGAGGGAGAGGACUGAGGAGAGGGGGGAGAGGGAGAGAGAGAGAGAGACUGGGGAGAGGGGGAGAGAGAGGACUGGGGAGGGGGGGGAGAGGGACUGGGGAGAGGGGGAGAGGGAGAGAGAGAGGACUGGGGAGAGAGAGAGAGGACUGGGAGAGGGGGGGAGAGAGGACUGAGAGGGGGGAGAGAGAGGACUGGGAGAGGGGGGGAGAGAGGACUGGGGAGAGGGGAGAGGGAGAGAGGACUGGUGAGGGGGGAGAGAGGACUGGGGAGAGGGGAGAGAGGGAGAGGGGGGGGGAGAGAGGGACUGGGGAGAGGGAGAGGGAGAGAGAGGACUGGGGAGAGGAGGGAGAGAGAGGACUGGGGAGAGGGGGGGGAGAGAGAGAGGACUUUUAUAGUUAAUUAUAGAUUUUUGCCUUUCAUUCACUAGAUGAAGAAGAUGAUAUCUCGUCACAUGGAAAUCACAAGAAAAAACAUAAAAAACACAAAAAACAUAAAAAAAGGCAUCAUCAGGAUGGUGUGGGCCUAGCUCUGUUUGCUGACGACACCCCAAAACUACAACAUAGGCAUCCUUCAAUCUCCCCUAAAACGCCUCACAAACACCCUGAGAACUCUCCCAAACCGCAAUUAAAACUGAAGAUCAAACUCGGGGGGCAAAUUCUGGGCACCAAGAGGUAAAGUAGAUCUCAAAACUUCAGAGUGAGGAAUGUACUACAGCCUCUCCCACAGCGGGGUGACACGGAGACUGCCCCUCCCACAGCGGGGUGACACAGACAGAAGGGAGCUUUGUAUAUGUAUUUCCUGCUUUAACUGUAUUGUCUGUCCAGACUGAGUGACGUGCUGUUCUUUUUCCUGCAGUGUCCCCACGUUCACUGUGAUCCCUGAGUUGUCGGAGUCCCCGUCUCCUGUCAUGGUUGUGGAUGAUGAUGAGGAGCCCUUGGAGGGGGUGCCAAUUGAGCAGUAUCGGGCAUGGCUGGGUGAGAUUCUGUAUGAUUUCAUUUGAGGGGCAUGCUCGAUUCCACUUCUUCUGAUAGAAGACCCAGCUAAGGAGCUUCUGGCUCUCUGUCACCUCUCUUGAGCCAAGCCCAUGCUUAGCUCAGACAGUGCUUCUGGCUCUCUCUCGGAAGUAGUGGAGACAGGGAGCAACGCCUCGCACAUAUCCGGUCAAAAGCCAAACCGUUCUAAAACUGUUUGUCUACUUACAAUGGGUGUGGGGCACGCUUGGCACCAUAUCCACUGCAGUACAUUGUAGUGAGUCUAGGGGCUGGAGUAUUUUAUUAAAACUUUAACUGGUCAUCAAAUCUGUCCAUACCACAUUUGUAACCUUUUCCUUCAAUACCUGACUCCAUGUUUGUUGUGAGAUUGACUCUUUUUCUUUUAAUGCACAGAGUAUUUCCUCGGAAAGCAGGUUAGGGCUCCACGGGCAGCUCAGACAGAGGAAUAACGGGGAAUUCUCAUGUUGGUAAAAGGAUAUUCAGUCCAUGCUUUUCUCUGCAGAUGAGGACAGUAACCUGGACCCUCUGCCCUCCCCGGUUGGCAUGCCAGAGCCCGAGCAAGAUGAGGAGACCCGAUGGCUGGAUGCACUAGAAAGAGGAGAGCUAGAUGUAAAUGGAGACUUGAAAAGGGAGACUGAUGAGACCUUACUGACAGCACGGCAGGUAGGGGAGCUUUGAUCCUGGAUGGGAGUUAGACAAGGCAACCAAUACAUUCUUACAGUGGAUUACAGAAACACCGGGGUAUAGAACUCUACCAGUACUAGGGAUCGACCAAUAUUGUAAGCUGUAAUGUAAACACUGCAUUUUCUCUGAAACAAAUAGUAGGGAUCGACCAAUAUUGAUUUUAUUUAAAGCCGAUACCGAUUAAUUUUUGAACAUUCAGGCCAAUAGCCAAUAACUUACCGAUAUUCUGUACAUUUGCCAUUUAAAAAAAAAAAAAAAAACACAAAUCUACUGUUAACUGAACAGGUUUUUGUUUAUUUUUUGCAAAUCUUUUUCUCUUUUUUUUUAAUUAAGGUAAAUGCACACAAUAUACAUGCCAGUCAGAUUUUUUUGUUUUCAAGAAUAUAUAUAUGUGUGUGUGUAAUGGAUGCAGUGAGUCUUUGAUUAGUGAAUGCAGUGUUUGUGUAGUGGAUGCAGUGUGUGGUGUGUUUGUGUGUAAUGGGUGCAGUGAGAGGCUUUGAUUAAUGGAUGCAGUGUGUGUUUGUGUAGUGGAUGCAGUGAGUCUUUGAUUAGUGAAUGCAGUGUUUGUGUAGUGGAUGCAGUGUGUGGUGUGUUUGUGUAGUGUGUAAUGGGUGCAGUGAGAGGCUUUGAUUAAUGGAUGCAGUGUGUGUAAUGGGUGCAGUGAGAGUAUUUGAUUAGUGGAUGUAGUGUGUGUGUAUGUAUGUAUAUAAUGAAUGCAGUGUGUUUGUGUAGUGUGUGUGUAUGUAUAUAUGUGUGUGUGUGUGUGUGUGUGUAUAUAUAUAUAUAUAUAUAUAUAUAUAUAUAUAUAACAGAGUUUGUGUUGUGUGUGUGUUUUUUUUUUUUGUGUAGGUAUGUAGUGUGUGUAAAAUGGGGGGCAUUUCUAUUUUUUUGUCACUUUAAAAAAAAAUUAUUUUUUUGUCCCCCUUCCUGCUUGUUACCUGACCAGGGAGGGGGGCUAUGGCAUUCCCUGGUGGUCCGGUGGCAUGGACUGUGCAGUGAGGGGCCCACCAAGCUCUUACCUUCCCUUCAGCUCCCCUGUCUAACUCUUGCCAUGUUAACCCAUGGCAAUGCUCUGACAGCCGCGGUGAGAGCUUGCUGUGGGCCCGGUGGUCCUGAUCGGCAAUAUCGGUAUAUUUAAUGGGCCGAUACCAAUAUGUCCGAAAAUAACAAAUAUCGGCCAGACCGAUAAUUGGUCAAUCCCUAACCAGUACAUGUUUAUUCUGGGGUAUAGAACACUUUUUGUAUGGGGCGCGGAGCUCUGUGGGCUCAGUCUGGGACGCGGAGCUCUGUGGACUCAGUCUAAAAAGGGGUGAGGGUGUGAAUGCCGUUGCUGGAGAGCAGAGCAGGAGUGUCCGGGCUUGGAUAGGGAGUAGGGUUAUUAUAAAUGGGAAUUACUGGUAAUGGGGAUGGCUGCUCUCCCACCUCCUGCACUUCCUGUUUUUAUUGCACUGUCUGUUUAUCCAUUCACAUCUGGACCUGCUUUGUUGGGAUUUUUUUUAACAUGUCUCCUUAUCAUAAACCAUUCUAUUGCUUGUCUCUCAUCAGAAAGCACUUCUCCAGAAGCAGCAGGCGCAGUCCCUGCCAAUUUUCCCACCUGUCAUGUUCCCACCACGCCAAGAGCUCUCCGAGGAGAUGUUGGUGAAGCGGGAGGAGAAGGCACGUAAGCGCAGGCUCCAGGCAGCUAAGAAGGCGGAGGAGAGUAAGAAGCAGACCAUUGAAAGGUUAACCAAGACCUCCAAAUCGCGGGGCGCUAAACCUCCGCGGGAGAGACGAGGUCGUCAACCUCCCUGUCCCACCAUUCGCUACCAGCACACAGCCGAAGCCAUUAUGAUUUCCUACCCUCUUGCUGUACCUGGUCCAAUCCCAGCUGAGCCACGGGUGGCUCUACCUGCUCCAACCCUUUGCAGAGUGCCAGGCUGUGGCAAUCCCAAGAAGUAUUGCUGUUCGAGGACUCUAGCACCUCUCUGCAGCCUGGAGUGUUACCGAAAUAACCUGCUGGGCUUCAGCCUAAACACUGCUGCCCCUGCGGGGGUCACAGAGAUUAAAGUCUGCAUGCAGCAGUCUGAGGAGAGGGACCUAUAG